CUCUUCCAUUCUCUCUUCUUUCCCCUUUUCCUAUUAAAAAAAGUCAUAUACUAUACUACCCUAUAAACAAUACCUACAACAUCCCCUCAUUAGUUAUUCCCUGUUCAUUUCAUUUCCUACACUUAAAAAUUCUCUAGAUAAAACCAGUUCUUUUCAUCAAAUAAUCAAGGAUUUCAAGAAGCCAUGAAAGAUAGAGGCAAAGCUGCAGCUGUAGACAACAACUUCUCAGAUUUCAAUUACUCUAUUUCAUCAACUAUACCAUGUACCAAACACCCAAAUACAUCUACUGUUGGAAUCUGCAGUUACUGUUUAAAAGACAGAUUGGUCAAUUUAGUAUGUUCUGAGUGUGGUGAGCAAAGACUCUCUUCUUGUUCUUGCUCUGAUGAUAUCUCUUCUUAUAGAAAUUCUUGUUCUGUUGAUGUUGGCAGUGUUGGUAGAAUUUCAUUUUUAUUAGAAAAUGAGAAAAAUACUGAUCAAAGUGUACCAAUUCAGCAGUCACAGUCAGAACAAGUGAUCUUGCUAAGAAGUAGCAGCAACUGCGUAGAAAUCAAGAAAAGUAAAAAUGGUUUUUGGAAGAUUAAGAGACUUUUUAGAAAGAAAAGAGAAAAGGGUACAAUUGGGGUUGAUGAAAAAAGUGAUAUUUGUGUAUCUGAUGCAGUUAUGGGAGUUUCAAGAUCAAGAUCAUUAUGUAGUUUUAGAGGUGAUGAUUUUGGCAGUGAAUAUAGAUUUUCAAGUGCAAAAAUUUCUGAUGUUACAGGGGGUUUGUUAUUUGAUUCUGAUCAUGAGCCAAGAAAGAGUGGUAGUAAUUUCAAGAAUUUUAGUGUUCCAAAUAAGGGAAAUAAUACAUUUCCUGUUAAGGAAAGUGAUUUUAGUACUAUAAUGGAUGAUUCAGCAUUUAUAGAUUUGAAGCUUGAUUUAUCAUCAGAGACAAGAUCAGAUUUUUAUGGUAAAAGACUUGGUAAUAGUUCAGAUAAUGGAUAUGAUUCUGCAGCUUCAAUUGGGAAUUUAAGAGGUGGAUCUUGUAGAAUGAAUGAAUAUGACAGAAAGAUCAAAAGAGGUAGUAGUAGUAGUAGUCAUGGCAAAGGAAACAAAGUGUGGAAAUGGAUUUUCAGGCAAACAACUUCAGAUGGGAGGAAAAGUACAAGAAAAAGAGAUGAUGCAAUUAAUAGUAAUUUGAUUUUUAAGUCUUAAGAGUUCUUGAAAUAAGACAGAUUUGUACUAUUCUCUUUGGUUAUGCUUUUUGUUCAUAGCACUAUCUCUCACUUAGAAGGGAGCCUUUGAACAAUGGUAACGGCGAGAUUACGAUAUAAAAUUUAAUAUGAUCCGAGCUUUCCUCAAA